AUGAGACAUUGGAAGAGCCUCCUCUUUUCGGGCCUCGCCUCCGCGGGCGCCCUCGUCACUCGCAAUGGUGGCGAUGCCCUGGCCAAAUGUCCCGGAUACACGGCCUCCAAUGUCAAGACAUCCGGUACUGGAUUGACGGCUGAUCUCAAACUCGCCGGAAAGGCGUGUAAUGCCUACGGCGACGAUCUAAAGAAUCUCGUCCUGCAAGUCACAUACGAGUCUGGUACGCUCACUUUUCCCACCACCACCAACAACAACAACAACAACCAUACAGAAGAGAAACAUCUAACAACAACAGAUAACCGCCUCCAUGUCAAGAUCCAAGACAAAGACAACCAAGUCUACCAGGUCCCAGCAUCCGUGUUCCCCCGGCCCAGCGGCUCCUCCUCCGCAUCCAGGAACAACCUCAAAUUCGACUACACCACCUCCCCAUUCUCCUUCAAGGUCAGCCGCCGCGACACGCACGAAGUCCUCUUCGACACGUCCGCCGCCUCCCUCGUCUUCGAGUCGCAGUACCUCCGGCUGCGGACGAAACUCCCCAAGGAUCCCUACCUGUACGGCCUGGGCGAGCACUCUGACCCGUUUCGUCUCAACACCACAAACUACAUCCGCACCAUGUGGAACCAGGACAGCUACGGUAUUCCGUCGGGGGCGAACUUGUAUGGCACGCAGCCGUUUUACCUUGAGCACCGGGAGAGCGGGUCGCACGGCGUGUUUCUGCUGAAUUCGAAUGGUAUGGAUGUCAUGAUUGACAAGGCUGCCGAUGGGAGUCAGUACCUCGAGUAUAAUACCCUGGGUGGUGUCUUUGACUUUUGGUUCUUUGCGGGCAAGACGCCUACAAAGGUUGUUCAGCAGUAUAGUGAGAUUGCUGGCUUGCCUGCCAUGCAGCCAUAUUGGGGGUUGGGAUUCCACCAGUGCCGAUACGGCUACCAAGACGUCUUUGACGUAGCCGAAGUCGUCUACAACUACAGCAAAGCCGCCAUCCCCCUCGAGACAAUGUGGACAGACAUAGACUACAUGGACCGCCGGCGCGUCUUCACCGUCGACCCGGAUCGCUUCCCGCUCCACAAGAUGCGCGAGCUCGUCUCCCACCUCCACGACCACGACCAGCACUACAUCGUCAUGGUCGACCCGGCCGUCGCGUACCAGGACUAUCCACCUCUCAAAAAGGGCCUCGAGCAGGACAUCUUCCUGAAGCGCGACAACGGCUCCGUGUGGCUGGGCGUCGUGUGGCCCGGCGUCACCGUCUUCCCCGACUGGUUCUCCAAGAACAUCGAGGCCUACUGGAACGGCAUGUUCGGCAGCUUCUUCAACAAGAAGACGGGCGUCGACAUCGACGCCCUCUGGAUCGACAUGAACGAGCCGAGCAACUUCCCCUGCAACUUCCCCUGCGAUGACCCCUACGCCGCCGCAAAGGGGUUCCCGCCUCCAGCGCCUCCCGUCCGCAGUCCUCCUCGAAAGCUGCCCGGCUGGCCGUGUGAUUUCCAGCCCCCCGGCACAGACUGCAAACGCUCCGUCGAAGAGGUCGCUCACCAGGCUCGCUCUCCCGUUGGAACCGUCGAAUCCCCCCGUGCAGUCGAGGCGCUCGCUCGCUCUGCUGAAGUCGAGCCCCGUGCCAAGGGCGACCAAAAGGGUCUUCCGGGCCGCGAUCUCCUCUACCCCAAGUACGCCAUCCACAACAAAGCCGCGUACAUGGACUCGUGGAACUCUGACAAGGGCGGCAUCUCCAACCACACCGUCAACACUGACCUCAAGCACCAGAACGGGCUGACCAUGUACGACACGCACAACAUGUACGGGUCCAUGAUGUCCAUCGCCUCAAGAGAAGCCAUGCUCGCGCGUCGUCCUGGCCUCCGCCCCAUGAUCAUCACCCGCUCAACCUUUUCUGGCGCCGGCGCAAAGGUCGGCCACUGGCUCGGCGACAACUUCUCAACCUGGGACAUGUACCGCAACUCGAUCCGCGAGAUGCUCGCCUUCACAUCCAUCUACGGCUUCAACAUGGUCGGCUCUGACGUCUGCGGCUUUGCUCAAGACACCACCGAGGAACUAUGCUCGCGAUGGGCUGCCCUCGGCGCCUUUUCCACCUUCUACCGCAACCACAACGCCGAGGGCCAAAUCUCCCAGGAAUUCUACCGCUGGCCCUCUGUCGCCGAGAGCGCCCGGAAAGCAAUCGCCAUUCGCUACCGCCUCCUCGACUACAUCUACAGUGCCAUGUAUACCGCCUCCGUCGACGGCUCGCCCGCCCUCCUGCCCAUGCUGUACGUCUACCCCCACGACAAGGCGACCUGGACCCUCGAGCACCAGUACUUCUACGGCCCGGGCCUCAUCGUCGCCCCCGUCACGCAGCAAGGCGCCACAAGCGUAGACAUCUACCUCCCAGACGACCUCUUCUUCGACUGGUACACGCACAAGCCCAUCCGCGGCGGCGCAACCACCCACACCAUCAAGGACGUCAGCACCACGACCAUCCCGCUCUUCAUCAGGGCAGGCGUCAUCAUCCCCACGCGCAUCAACUCCACCUACACGACUACCGAGCUGCGCAAGCAAGACUUUGAGCUCCUCGUCCCCGUCGACGGCGUCAAGGGCCACGCCAAGGGCCAGCUGUACCUUGAUGACGGCGUGUCCAUCGACCAGCACGGCAAGUACUCCCUCAUCAACUUUGAGUACAAGAACGGCCAGCUCUCCUUUGACGGCGUCUUCAACUACAAGGGUCCCGCGAGAAUCACAAAGAUUACCUUCUUGGGACUGGGGUGCAAGCCCAAGCAGGGCAAGACUGACCACAACAUUGCUGCGUCCAAGACCUACAGCCGCUCUGUUAACGUCAACUUGUCUUUGGCUAAGGCUGCGUCCUACAAGGCUAGCAAUUAG